CCAUCUUGACUGUGGGCACCCGGCCGUGCGCCUGCGCGAUGGCCCUUCUGUCCCGGCAGUCGUGGCUGCGGAGCUGAAGCGAGAGGUUGGUGGGUGUUGGCGGCCACGAUGACCCAGGCUGAGAAGGGUGACGCGGAGAACGGGAAGGAGAAAGGCGGAGAGAAGGAGAAGGAGCAGCGGGGCGUGAAGCGGCCCAUCGUGCCCGCGCUGGUGCCGGAGUCGCUGCAGGAGCAAAUCCAGAGCAACUUCAUCAUUGUCAUACAUCCAGGUUCAACAACUUUAAGGAUUGGUCGAGCCACAGACACUCUUCCUGCCAGCAUUCCUCAUGUCAUUGCGCGAAGACACAAACAACAAGGGCAACCCCUAUACAAGGACAGUUGGCUUCUAAGGGAGGGACUAAAUAAACCAGAAAGUAAUGAACAAAGACAAAAUGGCCUUAAAAUGGUGGAUCAAGCAAUAUGGUCUAAAAAGAUGUCCAAUGGUACAAGACGCAUUCCUGUGUCCCCUGAACAGGCACGCUCUUACAAUAAGCAGAUGCGACCUGCAAUUUUAGAUCACUGUUCGGGAAAUAAGUGGACAAACACAUCUCAUCACCCUGAGUAUUUAGUAGGAGAGGAGGCCUUGUAUGUUAAUCCACUGGACUGUUACAAUAUUCACUGGCCUAUCAGAAGAGGUCAGUUAAAUAUUCAUCCAGGCCCUGGGGGCUCUCUUACAGCUGUUCUGGCAGAUAUUGAAGUAAUAUGGUCUCAUGCGAUACAAAAAUACUUGGAAAUCCCACUGAAAGAUUUAAAGUAUUAUAGAUGUAUCUUGUUAAUUCCUGAUAUCUAUAAUAAACAGCAUGUGAAGGAACUAGUGAAUAUGAUACUAAUGAAGAUGGGCUUUUCAGGGAUCGUGGUCCAUCAGGAGUCUGUGUGUGCCACCUAUGGCAGUGGCUUAAGCAGCACGUGUAUUGUAGACGUUGGGGACCAGAAGACAAGCGUAUGCUGUGUGGAGGAUGGGGUGUCUCAUCGGAAUACUCGGCUUUGUCUGGCAUAUGGAGGAUCUGAUGUGUCAAGAUGUUUUUACUGGCUAAUGCAGCGAGCUGGGUUCCCUUACAGAGAAUGCCAGUUAACAAAUAAAAUGGAUUGUCUUCUUCUGCAACACCUUAAAGAAACUUUUUGUCAUUUAGAUCAGGACAUCUCUGGGCUUCAGGACCAUGAGUUUCAGAUUCGACAUCCUGAUUCUCCUGCCCUGCUUUACCAGUUUCGAUUAGGAGAUGAAAAACUCCAGGCUCCAAUGGCUUUAUUCUACCCCGCAACUUUUGGAAUUGUUGGACAGAAAAUGACGACUUUGCAGCACAGAUCUCAGGGCGAUCCUGAGGAUCCUCACGAUGAACAUUACCUGCUGGCCACACAGAGCAAACAAGAACAGUCUGCAAAAGCUACUGCUGACCGAAAGUCUGCAUCCAAACCUAUUGGAUUUGAAGGAGAUCUUCGUGGCCAGUCCUCUGAUCUUCCAGAAAGACUCCAUUCCCAAGAAGUAGAUUUGGGGUCCUCACAGGGAGAUGGCCUGAUGGCUGGCAACGAUUCCGAGGAGGCCCUCACUGCACUGAUGUCCAGGAAGACUGCCAUCUCGCUGUUUGAAGGGAAAGCCCUGGGCCUGGAUAAAGCCAUCCUUCAUAGCAUAGACUGCUGUUCAUCCGAUGAUACCAAAAAGAAGAUGUACAGCUCCAUCCUAGUGGUGGGAGGUGGUUUGAUGUUUCAUAAAGCUCAAGAAUUUCUGCAGCACAGAAUUCUCAACAAAAUGCCACCAUCGUUCAGGCGAAUUAUUGAAAAUGUGGAUGUGAUCACAAGGCCUAAGGACAUGGACCCCCGACUGAUUGCAUGGAAAGGAGGGGCAGUGUUGGCUUGUUUGGAUACAACACAGGAACUGUGGAUUUAUCAGCGAGAGUGGCAGCGCUUUGGUGUCCGCAUGUUACGAGAGCGGGCUGCGUUUGUGUGGUGAAUGGGGAGGAAAUGUCACUGCUGAAGACCAAAAACAAGCUUCUUGGUAUAAAAGACUCUUACAGAAUAUAUGUAUUGUAAUUUAUUGGCCUAGAUGCUUAAGUGUCAUGGACAGUAAAUGAAUUUGAACUUUAUGUUGAGGACAUGAUACUGGUUUGAAAUUAUAAACUGCUUUUGAGCAGUUUGGUCAGGGCAUUUGAGAAUAAAUAGGAACUUACUCUUCAGUUGUAAA